AUGGAUGAAAUAGAAAAACUCAAAGAGCAGCUUAGGGAAGAACAACGCCUUCGUGUGGCCGCCGAAAGCCGCGCUCUUGAAGAACAACAACAGCGUGAAUUAGAACAACACCGACGCGAAGAAGCCGAGAAACGCGCAGGCGCAUCGCGACCAUUAACACUCCAACAAUAUCUCGAAACAUGCCAUUCGCUCAGCCUUGCUAUCGAAAUAAUAACCGAUCGUUCCUUAACGACACAAGGGGACACGACGAACCCGACCGGCCGAAUUUAUCCUCGACGAAUUAUCCCCUGGACUACAUUCGCAAGAGAACAAGAAAAAGUCUGGGAUCAGCUUUCGUUAAGUCCCUCGUUUUCUUCCCGACCCGCCUUUCCAUCCCGACACCAGCUGGAUUACGUGAGGUCCCUGCUUCGCCCGGUCAGCAGCGAGAUUGGACUCCGAAAUUGCGAGCGAGACGUUGUGGAAAAUGCAGUCCAGAAGCUGAUGGACGCGACACACAACGAUUCAUCACUGAAGAGUCAUCUCGGCCUCGAUGGAACAGUGACCUUUGAAAGUCACACGAAUCUCGGUACUACCGAUGACUCCCUUUCCGAAUCGAUGGAGCAAGUAUCGAUUGGCUCCAGACCAUCCAGCCGAAUGACUCGACAACGUCGAAAGGCACGAGGGAAGGGCAACCGAGGGGAUCAGUUCUGCAUAUACCGGACCUCUGACGAUCAAAAUGUCCCCGUCGUCGCGAUCGAGUAUAAAGCGCCACAUAAGUUGAGACGCGGCGAGAUUGUCACAGGGCUGGCCUCAGAGAUCCAGCCGGAUCGUGAUGUGAUUAACCAGGAGGGUGAGGGAUAUGACUUCGCAGCGAGGCGACUUGCUACUGCCGUCGUGACCCAGCUUUACUCCUACAUGAUAGGUAAAGGCAUCCAGUACGGGUAUAUCGAUACCGGAGAGACAUAUGUUUUCCUCCACAUCCCUGACGACCCAUCCUGCGUCUACUACUCCGUCUGCGUGCCAAGCCUAGACGUCCAAGAUGACGACGAGACUCGACUCCAUCGUACUGCUGUUGCGCAAGCCUUUGCCUUUGUGCUUCAGGCCAUCCGAUCGCCGCCGCCCUGUCAAGCCUGGCAUGACGCUGCUGAGCAUCUCGAUACAUGGGCUGUGGAGUACGAGGAUGUAUUGCGGAGCAUCCCGGCAACAGAUCGGAAGCCGCGACGCGAGACUCCUUACAAGGCGCAACGGUGGAAAGGGUUUGCACGCUCUCCGAUCUGGACACGUUCCCGAUGCUUGCCACCCCAGGACGGGGCGCAGCAGCCAAGCGGUGACGACAGUGAUGACGAUGACGACGAGAGCCCUUGCCCAACGCCAAACCCAGGCGUUAGUCGCGGAGGUGCCUUGACCACCACAUCAACAGAUGUCAGGUCGAGUGAGAUGCAGGAGCAUGAUGGAAGCGCAGCCUCACAAGAGGGUACCAUCGUGCGACCAAACAUCCAAGAUCGGCCAUACUGCACGCACGAGUGUCUUCGUGGGCUCGCGUUCGGCGGUUCAAUAGAUGAGAAAUGCCCUAACUUGGCGAAUCAUGGCAACAUGCACAUCACCCUGCGCGAGUUUCUUCGUCUGGCGAAGGUUCAACUAGCAGUUGAUCGUGGAAAGGAUGCUGAUUGCGUGCCACUCUACCUAUCUGGAUCACGGGGAUCCCUCUUCAAAUUCCGUCUCUCGUCCCAUGGCUACACACUUGUGGCGAAAGGAGUAGAGGCCAUGGAUACCAAGCAUCUACGCUACGAAAACAAGAUAUACAGUCAUCUUCAGGACCUCCAGGGGAAGUUUGUUCCGGUUUGUCUCGGUGUUGUGCACCUUAUCAAGCCCUAUUACUACGAUAGCGGCGUGUAUGAAGACUUCAUGUUCCUCAGCUACGGCGGGCGACCAGUCUUGAAAGGUUUGGGAAGCGUCAAUGCAGACAUCGCCAACGAGAUUCUCGCCGCACUCGGUCGAUUGCAUCAGCAUGGAGUCCUCCACCACGAUGCAGAGCCACGCAACGUGCUCUACGAUAAACGCACUGGGAGAUGUAUGAUCGUGGAUUUGAUGCUGGCGGAGUUCCAUGACCGACAACCUCUUGGGCCCAUCAACGUCAAUGGUAGAAAUCGGAAGAGGAAAUGGGCGCCAAGAAAGCAUGAGAAGGACGUUUUCGCUAUUGAGGCGCAGUCCUUGCGAGCGAGCCUGACACAAUAG